CGGGAUCUUUCCACGGAGAAAAGCUGAUCGAGUAACAAGGAUCGUUUGGGGGUCUAGGACGUAUCGUGUUCUCCUAUGGAGACGGAGAAAGCAACCAAGCGUCUAUAUGUGGGAGGCCUCAGCCAAACCAUCUCCCAGGCAGACCUGCAGCAUCAGUUCUGCAGGUUUGGGGAUGUGAGUGAUGUGGAGAUGAUCACACGGAAAGACGAUCAAGGGAACCCAACGAAAACCUUCGCUUACAUCAACAUCAAGACAACAGAUGUGGAAUUGAAAAGAUGCAUGUCACUUUUAAACAAAACCAAGUGGAAAGGUGGAACACUACAAAUUGAGAUGGCAAAAGAAAGUUUUUUGCACAGAUUGGCCCAAGAGAGGCUAGAAGCCAAAGUAAAGAAAGAAAAGCCCUCAAGGGUACAGCAUGCAGACCGAUUGGAGUCAUUAAGAAAAGCUGGUGUGGUGGAUUUUCAGCUGAAAGCGGUGCCAGGGACAGAAAUACCUGAUAAUAAGGAUUGGGUUGUUAGCAAAUUUGGCAGAGUUUUACCAGUCCUUCAUCUCAGGAGCCAAACCAGACGCAAAAUCAUAAAAUAUGAUCCCUCAAAUUACUGCCACAACCUAAAAAGGUUGGAACAAGUCUUCACAGAUACCGUUCCCAUAGACAGCCUCACUUGGCAGCUGGAAGGGGGGGAUGAUCCAAUGAGCAAGAAACGCCGAGGAGAGUUUCCUGUUUUCCACAACCAGUACCAGAAGAAAGCGAAGAUAGGAGGAAGCAAGGAUAGUAACAGCAUUCUGGCUCAAGGUCCAGAUCUUUUAGUGACAAACCAAAAUUUGAUGCAAGAAAAAUCCAUCCAAAAGACACAUUUCAAAUCAAAUGGUCUGCCCAAGUUGCUGCAGAUUCCUAAUAAUAAGUCAGAGAAGAGAGUCCUUCAGACUUCUGCCUCUGAGCCCCUCACGAAGAUAAAUGGCAUGACUGAUGAGGAUUUUGAUUCUGAAGAAGAGUUUAGAGCAGCGUUGGUAAGAGAGAAAUCAUUAAAGACAGUGACACCAAACGCGGAGCCUGAAGAUGAUCCCUUAGAGAUCGUAAGUGAGCAUUUUGAGCUAAAACUUAGCACUCAUUGGUCUCUAGCAAAUUCCGACAUCAAGAAAAAUGCCUUUUGUGGUGGUAAGGAUAAAGAUGUUGAUGAUAACAGUGACUGUGACUCAGCCGACACAGACGAAAUUAUUGCCACGAAAAAAAACCCGAGUAAAAGUGGGGACAACCAAGACUAUUCCAAAUCUAAGUCAAAACCCGGGCCAGAAGAGAGACUAGUGUCAAAAAAUAUACCAAAGCAUAAGUCUUCUGCUAGUUUGUCAGUUAGCAAAGCUAAGUCUCUUCAUUUUAAAGGACAAAGUGAUAACACAAAAAGCCAGUCUGUCUCCAGUAGGAGCGAAAGUGACUCUGAAACCAGUGAUUCUGAUGGAGAUACGGAUUAUGAAGCCAUGAUGCAGAACUGCUACCGCCUGGACCUCACAUUAGAGGACUUGGAGAAAUUGGCUAGCGGUGAUCUCAAGAGUUCCGGAGAAGAUACCCAGAGUAAAUCCUCCAGGACUACAAACAGAGGGGUCAAGGUUGAUGAGAAAAGGAACGGAAAGGCCUCUAAACCGUCCCCGAAGCCAUCAAAGUGUAUUAAUCCUGAAGAUAUUGUGGCUUCUAUUUUAGAAGGGGAGGAGAACAUUAGUGACGAUCAGGCACCGAAACAAAGCAUUGCCGAGUCCAAAUUUCAGGCUUUCAAAGGAAUAGGAUCACUCUAUCAGGACAAGACCCUGGAGAAGCACUGUAGGGAAACCACUGCUGCCCCAAAGAGAAAAAAAGACUUGACGUCUGCUAGCACUGCACGUUCCGGUACCGUUCCCAAGGAGGACGGCUCCUCAUCCUCUGACGUCUCUUCCGAUGGCGAAGUGGUCGAUUGCCAACCACACGUCACUGAAGCGAGGAGUAUGAAAGGCACUCAGGUUGGCCCAGGAAAGCUUCAGAAGAGGAAAACCUCAUUAGCCAGCAGAGCCCCAGUGGUCCCAUCGCCUCCCAGCAGUUUGGAAAAUGAAAGUGGAAGUGCCGAUUCCAGAUUCCCUCCAUUCAGAGGCAUUAAAUCCGCUAGUCCAAGGCCAGGGACCGGCAUAAGGGAUGAAGACGCUGGUAGCCACAACCAACCUGGCCUGGCAGAUUCAGAGGAGGAUAACCGCGACGCGUGUGUUUCAGUGAUUUCCACAGUACAACGGAGCCAGGAAGUAACAAUACUGAAAACCCCGGGUAAGAAACUAGCGGAGGACUCGAUCAAAAAAGGCUCUACGGCUUCAGCUGUGCUAAGCCAUGGGAUGAAGGCAAAGCCUCUGGAAAGUACAGCUGACUUCAUCCUUCCUGUUAAUGCUGCAUGUGUUGCUGAAGCAAAAGACCAACAUUUGCAGGAUAACCAGAAGCGUUUAGCAGCCAUACAGGAGAGACAAAAAGAAAGAGAGAUCCAAAAGCAGCUGAUUCAGGGAGCGCUGUCAAGCCUGGAUGGCAAGGUAGAAAGCAAGUCAACCCACAUUGUCUUUAAUUCCGAUGGAGAAAGCGAAGCUGAAGAAAAGCUCAGCAACGAAGACCAUGAGUGGACAAAAGAAUUUAAAAGUAAAACUUCUGGGAAGCUGUUUGAAAGCAGUGAGGAUGAGGGGGAUGAAUCAGAGGACGAUGGUGACAGAUUCAAAAUUAAACCGCAGUUUGAAGGCAAGGCUGGACAGAAGCUCAUGAAUUUGCAGUCCCGCUUUGGGACUGAUGACAGAUUUCGUAUGGAUUCUAAGUUUCUUGAAAGUGACAGUGAAGAGGAAGAUGCAGAAGAGAUAAAGAAAGAGACAACGGCAGAAGAAGAGGAGCUUGCAGAAGAGAAGAAGAAAAACCUGGAUGUUUUACGGAGCAUUUUACAUAUCGACUUACAGACUCCAAAAUCAAGCAAGCAGGCGUUGGCAGCCAAGGAGUUCAAGGAUAUGAAUAGCGUACGCUAUGACCCAACAAAGCCAGACCAUGUAACUUUUGAGAAAAAAGUGGACAGUGCUUCAAAGGAAAGCAAAGCCAAGAGAAAGAAGAACAGGAUAGAGGCUGAGAAGUUACCUGAAGUAUCUAAAGAAAUCUAUUAUGACGUUGCCGCGGAUUUGAAAGAUUUAUUUGGAUCUGCGAAAUGUAGUGUGGAAAAGCCAGAAAAGAUACCCUGGGACAAAAAUGAAAUUAAAGACUCAAAUGAGGCUGACCCAAAACUUUUAGCUCAGAACAAUGUGGAAGAGGAAUCAGCUGGGUUUACAUUUUCUUUUUUUGGUCCUGACACAGAAGAAGUGAAAGAAAGUAAAGAAGACUCCUAUAAAGUCGAAACUAUAAAGCCAGGAAAAGCUGCGUGGCAGGAAGAUCCUCGUUUCCAGGAUAGCAGUUCUGAGGAGGAAGAGGAAGAAGAGGAGGAGCAGCAGCAGCUCCAAAAAGUGGACGGGGAACAGCCCAGCCUUGGGCUUCCAUCUUUAUCUGAGAGACAGACCAGUAGAUUUUUCUUCUUUUCCAGAGAUGAUGAACGACUCCGUGUGGGUUCUGAGUCGUUUUGGCGCAAGUCAGAAUGUCAUGAAAGCAGAGAUGCGUGGGAAGCCAGAAGCAGUGCUCUACUUGUGGAAUGCCGGAAGAAACAUAAAGAUGCGAGAAGAAAAGUGAAAGCAAAACAUUAAUUGCCAGCCUCAGUCAUUUUUAUAGGACAAUUUUCCCCUAAUAAACACAUAUCGUAUUAUAAAGUUGAGUGUGACUAGGAUUCAUUAUUCUAGAGGAUUUUUUUAAAAACUUUGGUGGCACCGGAUCUUUUAGACUGUGAGCCCAUUGUUGGGUAGGGAUUGUCUCU